CUACCAUGGCCGAUCCGUCCCACUUCACUGAUCCCUUUUGGGAACCCCAGGAUCAGACCCCUGCUGAAUCCGACACUUAUCAACCCCAAGUCAGCCCCUUCAAAACCGCCAAUCUUCUAUACUCAAUCUCGUCUUCCUGGGAGACUACCCCCGUCGGAAUUGACUUUGCCGUGGGAGGUCUUGGUACCAUUGCUGCCAAGGCUACCUCCCCCCAAAAAGGUGUAACAUUCACCAUUCGCCCCGGAAAGCGGAAUGAGCAGCCAACCCUGAAGCUUGAGAUCACAAAAGAUGACUGCGUUUUAUCCAAGAAAGGGAAAGAUGCCGACGAGUUUGUCGCAUAUGAGGAAAAGCUGAAGUUUGAGCCUGGCGAGGAGAGAAACAAGUUUUACGACUUUGUCAUGUUUCCGAAAGGAAAAACCUCAGCUCUGCUUGACACGUUGACUAAGAAGGCUACCUAUUGGAUCUCCGUUGACAGAAGCAACGCUCGCAUCCGGUAUGGCCAGCAUCUGAUCAAUAAUUCCAUGACUUUCAUGGAGAUCCAGUUCGAGAAGGACAAGGCUGCUUGGAUGGAUAACCUCGUUUCUACCCAAGUGGAGCAAGAUGGUUCUCCGAUUUCCAACAAAGACAUUGUGUACAAGCCACAACCCGUCACGGUUGAUCUCCCGCCCGUGGUCAUCCCCGAGUCGGAGAUGACACUAGACAUACUGGAGAAAAUGUCAGCCAUGACGUUUGCCAAUCUGCCCAAGGCCUGUCAGAAACUGUACCACAAUAUUUCUGGGGCCAAGAUUACAGCGAGACCGGCUGAUUUCCCGGAGCUCCCUGAAGCCAUCGACGAGAGCUGUAGAGAUCCUAAAAAGGUCUGUGGUGAGAUCCUCGAGGGAAAGAAUACCUUUGGAGACAAACUGGAGACCUAUCUUCGUAUCACAAUUGGUGAUAACCUGGCGGAUUCUCCUGGUAUCCCCUAUGUGAUGGAGAUCUGGCCCCCUGGCCACAAAUCACCCAUUCACCAGCACGGCGAUGCUUCAGCAGUCAUCAGAGUCCUCUACGGCAAGAUCCAAGUUUCCUGGUUUGACAAGGUUGAAGAGGGAAGUCCGUCACAGUUGAUUGGCAAUCCAGUCAUUCUUGAAGAAGGCAAAGUCACUUGGUUGGGCAAGGAUCAGUAUCAAGUUCAUCAGCUUGAGAAUACCUCGGAUACUGUUUGUAUCACUCUUCAGUGCUAUCAGUUUGAUGACGAUGAUCAAAUUCAUGACGAGGCGUUUUAUUGGAAGGAUGAGGAGGGGCAUAGGAGGAAGUUUAUUCCGAAUAGCGAUAGGGCCUAUGGACAGUUUGUUCGGGAGGUCGAGGCUGAGUGGAAGAAAUCACACUGA